AGGAGAGGUACAUGGAGGACGGCAACGACAAGCUGAAACUGCUGGUUCUCCUGUGCAGUGAGGACGACGACAAGCUCCAGAGGGCUGCAGCUGGAGCCCUCGCCAUGCUCACCGCCGCCCAGAAGAAGCUCUGCACCAAGAUCACCCUGGUGACAGUCCAGUGGCUGGAGAUCCUGCAAAGGCUGUGUCUCCAUGACAACAUUCAGAUCCAGCACAGGGGCCUGGUCAUUGUGUACAACAUGAUGAACGCUGACCCGGAGCUGGCCAAAAAGUUGAUCGAGAGUGAGAUUCUGGAGAUCCUGACGGUGAUCGGUAAGCAGGAGGACAGCCCGAAGCGGCAGGAGGUCAUAGAUGUCGCCCGCUCCUGUCUGACCAGCGCCAUGGACCUCGGUAUCAUCAAGCCAUUCAGCUAAAAUGGAGGCGUCUCUGAAACCAGCAGCUGCCUCACUCCUGGAAUGUACCACAACUCGGCUGCCCAUCAAAUUGAUCCCCCGUGGUUAGACCACAAAGCCCGUUAUCUCCACUGGAAAUUGGCCCGCUUAAAAACAGGAAGUGUAAUGAAUCUGGACUGACUGAAUGUUUUUCUAGGUGAAGCCAAAUAUGGGUCUUUUGCAACUCACAAAUCCAUAUGCGAUAAGCUCUCAAAUGUAUUUACUUUAAUUUUUUUCCUUUUCUAUCUUAUUUGUUAGGAAGGCCUUUGAAUGGUUGAAAAAAAAUAUGCUAUUGUUCUGUGUGUUGGAUACUAUUUAAAGACAUUUUUGUUUCUCAUUCUGAAGGUGUUUUUUAUUUUGAAAGGUGUGUGUGUUGAAUUAAGUGUAUGCUCUGCAAAAAAAGAGAAGUGUUUGAGUGCUUGUGGGACAACACCUAUGUCUGAGACAGGUGGGUCAGGGAUGAGUUUUGAGCGGGUGAGUGGGUGAGAGGGUGUGGCAGCAUGAGCACAGGUUUCUCUGAGCAAAUGCCCUGAGGGAUUGACUGAUUAUUACAGCUGAUUAUUGUGGCUGUUACAACCCCGGCUCAGGGAAUAUAACCUAAGGGAA